AUGAAAUAUUUCAUAAUUAAUGGAUCAUCACAGACAACAUCUAUUAAGAAUACUUUUGGUUUCAUUUUAUUUGCGUUCGCUUUUAUAUUAGGCUUUCUUCUUGGCUCAAGUUUUAAUGAAACAAAAAGUAAAAUACGUCUUGUAUUUUCGUCGGAUAUAAAAUUAAAUCAAAGACCAGCAACAAAUAAUCAACAAUCGAUAAAAACAUUUACUUAUGGAAAUAAUUUUACACACGUUUGGUCAAUGCGUUUAGCUGAUGAAAAUUAUUUUCGUCUCGCCCAACUUCUACCAUGUCGUGUUGUUGAAUAUGUUGGCGGACCCAAAUUAGAUAAACUUGAUUCAUGUGACCAUACAUCAAAAAAUGAAUUCUCAAUACAGAAUACAAUAGAAGCCCAAAAUUGGCUUUAUGAGCAUCAACAUCCAAUAGAUUGUACCAAUAAACGUAUUGCUAUUAUUCAGAAUUUUGCUUGGUCCGGUAUUGGAUCAACUGUUCAUCAAAUUGUGUGGGCAUUUGGUAUGGCAAUAUCGGAUAAUAGAAUUGCUGUAUAUCAAACUCCAGGAAAUUGGCUUUAUGGAUCUUGUAGUUCAGGUACACCAGAUUGUUUUUUUCUGCCUAUAACUCAUUGCUCAAUUCCAUCGAAAGUCGAUGGUAAUCAAGCAAUUAAAAUCAAUGCUAAUAUGGGUCAUUGGGGUAAACCUAUUCUUCCACCUAUAUUUCAAAAUCGAACAUUUAAUUGGUAUCGUGCACAAUUAUUAUUUUAUUUAAUGCGAUAUAAAUCUGAAACGUUAGCUCACGUACAGAAAACUAUAGCACAAUCUUUUAAACCACCUUCAAUUGAUCUUCAUCAUCCAUAUAUUGCUGUAUAUGUACGUCGAUCAGAUAAAGUUCGAAGUAAAGAAAUGUCUCAAGCAUAUACACUUAAACAAUAUUUUGAUUUAUUUGAUACUGAUGCUAGACGAGCGAAUAUCAGCACAGUUUAUAUUAAUUCCGAAGAUGAACAAGUAUUCAAUGAAUUUGUUCAAAUCAAUAAAGAAAAACAAGGCUAUUAUAAAUUAUUAAACAUAACAGUACAAAGAAAUGUUGUUUUUGCAUCAUUAAAUGCUAUGAAUAAGGAGCAACGUGGAAAAAUCGUAUUAGAAUUUCUUAGUGAUUUAUUCAUUGAAGUUAAUGCAGACUUACAUGCUGGUACAUUAUCAUCAAAUUGGUGCCGAUUGGUUGAUGAAAUGCGACUUGUACUUGGAAAAACAAUACCUUUUUAUACACCUGAAAAUAGAUUUUUGAUGGAUAUGUGA